AUGGAAGAAGUAUGGCAAAAACAAAUGAGGUAUGUACAGUCUAGCCUCUCUAUUGCCAAGAAGAGCCUUGCUAUGGAUGAUUCUGAAAGAAAUUCAAAUGCUUCUAUUAAUGCAAGUGAUGACAGGGAUUUCAGCUGGGAUGUAGGAACCAAUCACCAACGCCAAGAAAGCAAUGGGGCAAGAUUAAUGAGUGCUACUUUGAGUGUUAUAAGUCGGUUGGCUGAAGAAUUUGAGCAGAGGAGUCAAGUGUUUGGUGAUGAUGCAAAGUUCUUGGUAGAGGUAAAAUCUGGUCAAGUUGAAGCAAGUUUGAACCCAAACAGAGAAGUCAAGUUUGAGCAAGUUGAGUCAAGUUGCGAAGGUGAUAGGGGAGCAUCUCAUGUUGAGCUACAUUGGCCUGCUCGUUUGAAUAUUGUACGAGGAAUCGUGCAAGGAAUGCAUUAUCUUUACACAGUACUUGGUUCCUCGGAUCUUCCACACGAGUAUCUCAAGUCCAGCAAUGUUCUCCUUGGACUAGACAAUGAACCAAUACUUGUAGAUUACGGGUUCAGCCACAUGGUUAACCCUUCAACCAUUGCACAAACACUAUUCGCUUACAAGGCACCAGAGGCAGCACAACAAGGCCAGGUUUCGCGCAGUUGCACUAUUUACUGUCUUGGUGUUGUCAUAAUUGAGAUACUGACAGGGAGGUUCCCUUCUCAGUAUCUUAGCAAUGGAAAGGGUGGGGCUGAUGUGGUGCAAUGGGUGGAAACUGCAAUCUCUGAGGGAAGGGAAUCAGAAGUGCUUGAUCUUGAGAUUGCAGGCUCUAGGAAUUGGCUUGGUGAGAAGGAGUAA